GCCCCAGGCUUCCCUAGAAGCGCUCCUCAUCUAGACCAGCAGGAUGUCUCAGAAGUACUCCAGGCAGGAGAAAGCAAAAUGGGUAGCUCCUAAGAAGAUAGGAAGUCAUAGAUCCCCUGUUCGGAUCCCUGAAUGCGACAAUGAAGAUCUCAUUCGAGAGACAACUAUGGUGUCUCUUGAAUAUGAAAAGCUGGAAAAACACUGCUUUGAGUGUUUCUCUCUGUCCCAUGAAAAGAAGGAUUGUCUGCGUAGAGAGCCUCGGACCAUUAGAGAGGAACACGAUGGGAAUUCAAAUCGAAUUAAUACUCUGUCCCGCAUUGAGGAGAGUAAAAGUAGACAAAAUAGCCGUAAAGGAAAGGAGUCAGAUCGUGUGGAUUAUUCCCUUCAAGGCUUAAGGGCUAGGUCCAGAGGGAGAUAUGAAGUUAGAUCCCCACAAAGAAGAUCUCCUCCUAGACACUUUCGUCAAAGGGAUUCUGGAAGAGAUCGUUCCCCAGAUAGGAGAAGAGAGCAAAUGCAGAGUGUUGGUCGUCGCGGCUAUUCCACAAAAGUUUCUGCAGGCUAUUCCCAACGUCAUCUUCAUAAGCAGAAGUCUGAUCGCUUCUUUGAAAGUAGGAGGGAGGAUUCUAGAGGAAGAAGCAGAAGAUCUCCUCAAAGAACAAGAAGCUUCCAGGCCACGAAUAGCGGAGUGGGUGUGGAGUAUCAGAGUGAUCUUAGAGCCUCUAUCAAUCUCCGACAAGAAGCGGUGGCUUCUCCUCCUGCUGGUACCAGACUCCCCCCACCACCUCCUCUUCCUGCUAACAGAGGGGAGCUUCAAGGUACACCAAAAUCCCGGCGGCCAGCGUUGGAGAGGUUAUCAGAAGGAGCUCAUGUCACGGGCCCUGAUCCCUUCCCAGGCUUGUCAUCCUCAAUGUCAGGCAGACUGCAAGACGUGAAUAUCCAAUAUUUAGGAGAAGAAGGGAGGGAUAUUCCUUUAAAUAACGUUGAAUUCCAAGUUGGAUCAAGCUCAGGACCAAGCCAUCCUACCUUGGGUCACAGGCUUUCCCAGGUGCAAGGAGACUCUCCACAGGGUAGCAGGAAACAUGUCUCAGAGAGACUAGGAGGGGAGCAGACAGAGGUUAUGGUCUCCAUUCCGGCAAAGCUGCCUAAGCAAAAGGCGGCUCCUAGAAGGAAAGUGGCGGGUGCUGCAAAGCCUAGAGUGGUUAAAAGUCCUUUGCAAGGAGCCAGCUCAAAAAAAAGAAAUUCCACCAAAUCAAAUGUAGUAGCAGCAAAAAAGCGUCUGUGUACAGAGCAAGUUCCAGAGGAGGAGGAGGGCUCGGGUGUUGAACCGCAGGUCAGGCCGCAGACCGGACGGGUAGCCAUGGCUGCAAAGAAGCUAAAGACUAAGAGCCAAAACUCUCAAAACCAUGAUUCUCUAUUUGCUAAGUUUGGUCGCUGCAGGAGAAAUUUAAUUAAGUGGGCAAAGGAUCAGAUGAUUCUGAAGGUACAAGAGGUUAAGGAUUCACAGGAGGCGCUUGAGGCUGCUCUGUCUGCUACCACUCCAGAUUUAGAGCUCAUAGACUCUCUUACGUUGGUGCUGGCCACCGCCUAUAAAGAGGAAGCAGCCUUCUGGCGACAGCGAAGCAGAGUUCAGUGGCUUCAAGAAGGGAAUGGAGAGUCUGUAAGUGUGUGGAAUACGCCUUGGCUGUCUUCUUCCCUCCCUUUAAGCCCAAUGGGUCCACCGCCUCUGUCGUCCUGCAAUCUUUUGGUUAAGGAUCUCCUUCUUCCUGAUUCUACAAGUUGGAACUUGGAAGCAAUUAGGCUGCAUGUACCUCUUUAUGAGGAAAAUAUACUCAAAAUAGUUUUGAGUUCUGUUAAAAAACCAGACAAGCUACGUUGGCUUCCGGUCAAAGCGGGGACUUAUUCAACCAAAUCGGGUUACAAUUUGGGCAGGAAAAACGCAGUCCCCCCUCUUCUAGAUAAGUUCAAUUGGGGAACUAGUGUUUGGAAGGUCCGUACUUCACCAAAACUAAAGAUGUUUCUGUGGAAAGUGGCUCGCAACGCUCUCCCUGUUGGUUUGGCUCUGGCGGCUAGAGGGUUGGAAGCUGAUACAUCUUGUAAGAGAUGUGGAGAAGUGGAGAGUGCUGAGCACCUGUUUUUCAAUUGCCCUUUUGCAAGGCGGGCGUGGGAGCUCCUUCCAGUUAAUAGGCUGCCUAUCUUGCGCGAACCUUGGAGUGUGAAGGAGCUUCUGGUGGAAGCUCGCAAAGGGAUCACUCUCCCUCCGGUGGGUGUUGGUCUGACUCAGCUUUACCCGUGGUUGCUUUGGUUCUUGUGGAAGGCUCGUAAUCUUCUGGUUUUUGAAAACCAACUCUGUUCUGAGGAAGAUACGGUCCGCAGAGCUAUUAAGGAAGCAAAAGCGUGGCAAGAGGCCAGAGCUCUCUCUCCUCCUUCUCAGUCAAGCAAGCUUAGUAAGAUCCGCAACUCCCCUCGCAGUGAUGCUCUGUGUUGCUUCUCUGAUGCGGCCUGGAAGGCGGAGAGCAGUAGUUGCGGUUUGGGGUGGAUCAUCAAGGAUCCAUCCAAGGUUUUGAUCCAUCAGGGAUCCUCCUCAAGACCCUUUGUUUCUUCUGCUCUUGUAGCAGAGUCACUGGCUUUAAAAGCGGCGAUUUCGGCGGCUUUAGCUUUGGGUGCAUCAAGAGUGGCCUGCUUCUCGGAUUGUCAAGAGCUUAUGCUCCUCCUCAAUGCCGAAGGUCAUGCUAACGAGAUUGACGGCAUUAUGGAAGACAUCAAGCUUCUCAAGGCCAGCUUUCUCUCUGUUUCGUUUCAUUUUAUCCCUCGUAUUGAAAACUCUCAGGCUGAUUUGCUUGCUAAGUCAGCACUGUUAUCUUGUUCCUCCUCCUCUGUUUUGGGAGUUUGAGUUUAUUUAUAUUAAGCAAAGUUUCACAA